CAUUCGUAAACUCAGGCAUUUGGUUUUCAGUUUAUCUUUUAUUGGACAUUUUCUUUUAUCACUCUGUUCUUGUUUGUAACAUUGGAACUACACACACCGAGUCUAUCGCCUCUCCAAUUCGCAUAAUGUCCGCAGAAGUGUCUUCUUCGGUAGAAUCGUCCCUGAAGGACAACGAUUUCUUUCCCUCGGCCGAGGAACUGGAAACCUAUUAUAAUAUGCUGGAAAAUGGCGCAAUUUUGGAAUUAGAAUGGGAAUGUCCAGGGCGACGACCUCCCUCACCGGACAUAAAAAGCAGUAGCAAAGAACCUAGCCUCUCCACAGAUGUUACCGAAACACAUGAUCCCAUGAAACCCAAUGAUUUUGACUUCAGUGAUGAUAUUGCCCAACCUUUGCGACGCCAUGGUACACCCAAAUCAAAAUCGGUUAAAAAGAAGACGGCAAAUUUUGCCGGUGUCAUGGAAGCUUUGAAGAAGAAAAAUGCCGAAGGCUCCAACUGACAGGCCAGUUGGGCCAACUAAAACCGCUUUUAACAUUCUGAACUGAUAGCUAUAAAUAAUGUAAAGAAAUUAAAAUAAGAAGUAAUAAUAGAGAUGUAUAUUGAUUGGUUGAAUAAGAUAUAAAUAAGAUAAUAGAGAUGAAUGCUUAAAGUUGAGUUUUAUCACAUUCUAUGAGAUUCUAUGGUGAUCAGUUCCAGAACCUUGAAAUCUACUAGCCUUGAAAUUAUUUUCGAUAUCAAAAGACUGUAAAAGUUUUUACAAAGAUAACCGAUUUUUCCUUUGAGACAUCGAAGAAAAUAUCAAAACUAGUAGAUUCUAGCAGGUACUGGAAUGCGAGAAUUUUUGUUUUCGGAAUGUUUUUUGAUUUUGCAGUUGGAAAUUGUUUUCAUGCAAACUUGUAACUUAAAUUUUUUUUUUAAAAAAAGUAACCAUUUAAAAAGUGUCGAACUUUUAAUACCCUCCUCCAUUUGGAAUGAACUUGCAAAAUGCAAAAAAUUUCGUUAAAAAAUGCCGCAAUAAAUUAAAAAAUUCCGAAUAUCAGGUGUUACGUUUAUAUUGGGCUAUACGAAAACGUGAGCCUUUACAGCCAAUGAUCUGUCAGAAAAAGAGAUGACAAUACGAAUUCCGAAAAUGUAGCUAUAAUCAUCAAAAUUCUGAAUAUUGGGAAGAACCGUUAUAUGGGGACUACACAAAGGUGUGUGCAAAUCAUGCAGUUAUAAGGAGUCUAUACCAAAACUUGGUCAUAAAUGUACAGUACUCUGCAGGGAUGUUUACUACAUACUGGUGAACAAAUACUCCCAAUUUACAAAAAAAUCAGUUUGAAUUUGUCGCUAAAACACCCAAAAAAACCUUAAAUCUGCCGGCACAGUUAUAUGGAGCCUAUUGCAAAACGUGAACCUAUUCCGG